AUGCCCCCACCCCCAUCCACCUCCACCUCAGACUUCGCCACAAAGGCAAACUUACAGGCGCUCUCCAGGGCACUGGUCUCCUCAUUCAACGAGAUCAGUGCUAAGUUCAUUCAUCGGGCCAUCACUCCAACACAGGCUCUCACACGCUCUAUGGCCGAUGAACAAAGACGCACGUCAUCCCUUCUCAAGACCAUGGAAGCAAAUCGACGACAGGCUGCACUGCAGACCUAUCUCAGGUCUUUUAGGGAUGCCAAGAAAAAGAAGAGGUCUCCUGCCUCGUGUUCAAGCAGCCGACCGCCCAAGCGCCAAAGACACGAUGAACAAGACUCUAAUGAUCAGGGCCUUGGUCCUCGUGAGGGGGAGACAACGGCGGCUGCACAACCAGCGCCUGCACAACAAGAACACCCACAACCAACAUCACCACAACCAUCAUCACCACAACCAUCACCAACACCCCAAGCAACCCAAGCAAGGGAACCAGAGAUUAUAUUCUAUGAUGUUCAACCCAUUACUCAGGUUCCCUUUUCUACAUCACAAGACCCCAUCGUCUUGAGUUCCUCAAGCGAUGAGGAAACCCAACCUGAACCCCAACCAUCAACCCAAACACAAACCCAACCUCAACCCCAACCAUCAACCCAAACAGAAACCCAAACACAACCCCAACCUUCAUCACCUCAACCUGAACCUUCACAACCCCAACAAACAGACCAACCCACUUCACCCACCAACCAGCCUACCUCACCAGAACCCACAAACCAACAACCAACCAAUGAACCUCAGACCACCCAAACAACCACCAUGCAACCGACAGAUAUUCCCUCCUCCUCAAGGCAUCCUCCUCAAGGCCUUGUGGAUGAAAUCAUUCAGAGUAUGGAAUCAAUGAGAUGA